UGCAUUCCAAGGGGUCCAAAAGAAUGAAAGUUAGUUCUGAAGUAGAAAAUUAUGUUAGCAGAUCUUAUCCAGUGACUAAGCAUGAUAAGUUCAAACAGAAGAAACAAAAGUCCACGUCAAGAAUUGUUAAUGAUUCAGAACCAUUUGCCAGUCCCAAUUUGGUGCAAAUGUUGGAUACAAAUAUGUUUGGAAGUGUGACAAAAGAAAUAGAGGCCCUUUGUGCACGAAGGUCACGAUUGCUGAACCAUGUUAUUGCAAAAAAUCCUAUGCUUCCUUUUACAUUUUCAGAUGUGCCAAAGAACCAGUGUAAAGAGCCUAUGAAUCUGGUGAUUCAGAAGGCCACUCAUCUUGCACUUGAAAAUAUCAUUGAUUUAGAGGAUGACUGUAUGUUAAUUGAUGCCCUUUCAGUAGUUCCACCUGUAAUAGAUCUUAGUUCAGAUGAUGAAGAUGAUGAACAUGGGAGGCAUUCUAAUAUAUGUCCGAAGGUUGCGUUGGAGCCUUCCGUGAAGGAUUCCAUUGAUAUUCUAAAGAGCGAAGAUGUAAAGGGGCAAGUAGAAAUCAUGAUUGGCGAAGCUGAUAUUAGGAGGGAUAAAGGUUGUAAUUUUGUUGUGGAAGAUGAUGUAGAGGUUGAGGAAGACAGUCACUGGUCGUUUCAGGAAAAAGAAAGUAAUUAUGAACCUAAUACUGUAGAUCAUAGCCUGGAAGAUAUAGAAAGCAAAGAUGUACAAAAUGCAGCUGAUGAAGUUGAUAUCAGGAUAGAUAAAGAUAAAUAUGAUGGCUCAGGAGAUGAUAUGGAGAUCGAGGAAGACAAUCACCAAAUUUAUCAGAAAGAGGAACAUAAUCUUCAAACAUAUGCUGAAGACAAUGGUCUGACAAAUAUAUGCAAGAUGACGGUCACGUUAGAAUGUUUCGAGGAUAUUCUAAAGAGCAAGGCUGUAAGGGAAAAAGUGGAUGGCAUAAUUGGUAAAGUUGAUAUGAGGAUAAUUAAAGAUGGGAACUUUGGUGCAGAAGAUGUACUAGUUGAGGAAGAGAGUCGCCAGUUAAUUCAGGAGAAAGAAAGUAAUUAUGAAAUUAAUACUGUAGAUGAUAGGCUGGAUGAUAAGCAAAUCAAAGCUCCAAGGAAAAGGGAUAUUCUAAAGAGCAAGGCUGAAAGGGAAAAAGUGGAUGGUAUAAUUGGUAAAGUUGAUAUGAGGAUAAUUAAAGAUGGGAACUUUGGUGCAGAAGAUGUACUAGUUGAGGAAGAGAGUCGCCAGUUAUUUCAGGAGAAAGAAAGUAAUUAUGAAAUUAAUACUGUAGAUGAUAGGCUGGAUGAUAAGCAAAUCAAAGCUCCAAGCGAAAGGGUAAGAAAUGUGGCUGAUGAAAUCAAUAUCAGGACAGAUAAAGAUAAAUAUUAUGAUUCAGGAGAGGAUAUGGUGAUUGAGGAAGACAAUUACCACUCUCAUCAGGAAGAGGAAUAUAAUCUUCAAUCAAAUGCUAAAGACAAUGGUCUGGCUAAUAUGUGGAAUGAGAUGGCAGUCGCAUUAGAAUGUUCCAAGGAUAUUGGUGUUGAUCCUUCAACUGAUGAACACACAAGAGAAGGUGGGGAAGAAUGUGAUCAUUCUUUUUUCUUGAAGGACGAUCUUGGUUAUGUUUGUCGCAUUUGUGGAGUUGUUGACAAAGCAAUAGAAUCCAUAUUUGAAUUCCAAUAUAGUAAGGGCAAAAGGACUACACGAACUUACAUGCGUGAUUCUCAGAGUAACAACAGCAUAGGGUCAGAUAAGAGUUUACCACUUGGAGUUAAAUCUUCUGAUGAUGAUCUGAUGGCAAAUGAGAUUUUUGCUCAUCCUAGGCAUAGCAAGCAAAUGAAACCCCAUCAAGUGGAGGGCUUCAAUUUUCUUUGUAGCAACCUGCUAUCUAAUAAUCCAGGAGGCUGCAUUUUGGCCCAUGCUCCAGGCUCUGGAAAGACAUUUUUGGUUAUAAGUUUCAUUCAGAGUUUCCUAGCCAGGUAUCCCCAUGCUAGGCCACUGGUUAUUCUACCUAAAGGCAUCCUGGCUACCUGGAAGAAAGAGUUCCAAAUAUGGCAAGUUGAGGACAUUCCGUUGCUUGAUUUUUAUGGUUCAAAAGCAGAGAGUCGAUCUCAGCAGCUGGAUGUAUUGAGACAAUGGGUAGCUCAGAAGAGCAUCCUAUUUCUUGGAUAUAAGCAGUUCUCUGCCAUUGUUUGUGACCGUGGAACUAGCAAGGUGGCAACUGAUUGUCAGGAUAUUCUUCUGAAGGUCCCAUCCAUUCUUAUCUUAGAUGAAGGUCAUACUCCAAGGAAUGAGAACACUGAUAUGGUUCACUCACUUUCAAGAAUCCAAACACCUCUCAAAGUCAUUCUUUCAGGUACUCUUUAUCAAAAUCAUGUGAAAGAGGUAUUCAACAUUUUGAAUCUUGUUCGUCCUAAGUUUCUUAGAUUGCAAGCUUCCCAAGAUAUUGUUAGGCGCAUUAUGAGCAGAGUACAGGUAACAAGCGUGAGGAAGAAUUUAAAACUUGGCAUGGACUUAGCUUUCUUUGACUUAGUGGAGCACACACUGCAACAGAAGGAUGAAAACUCCAAGAGGAAAGCAACUGUCAUACAAGACCUCCGUGAGAUGACUCGCCAAGUCCUCCAUUACUACAAAGGAGAUUUCCUGGAUGAGCUUCCUGGACUUGUUGAUUUCAAUGUAAUGCUCAAUCUCAGUGCAAUACAGAAAAUUGAAGUUGAAAAUUUGAGGAGGUUGGAUUACUUCAGAAGAAAUUCUUUGGGUAGUCUUGUCUAUAUGCAUCCACAGUUGAAAUAUUUUUCGGAGAAAUAUCCAUCAACUGGAGACAAAAGUUUAGUUGAUGAUGAGAAGAUAGAUGAAAUGUUAGGAAAUAUGAAUGUGAGAGAGGGAGUAAAAGUGAAGUUCUUUCUUAAUAUGUUGGGCCUAUGUGAAUCGGCUGGUGAGAAGCUGCUGGUUUUUAGCCAAUACAUAUUGCCCCUGAAACUCUUGGAGAGAUUAUCAAUGAAGGUAAAAGGUUGGAGACCUCAAAAAGAAAUUUUUAUGAUAACUGGUGAUUCAAAUUCCGAGUACAGGGAGCGGUCCAUGGAACGCUUUAAUAGCUCUGGUGAUGCAAAAGUCUUCUUUGGUUCAAUCAGAGCUUGUGGGGAAGGUAUAUCUCUAGUGGGGGCUUCUCGCAUCCUAAUUUUGGAUGUUCAUCUUAAUCCAUCAGUAAGCCGCCAAGCAAUAGGCCGUGCAUUCCGACCAGGUCAAAAGAGAAAAGUAUACACUUAUAGAUUGAUUGCUGCUGAUUCACCUGAAGAGGAAGAUCACAACACAUGCUUCAGAAAGGAGUCGAUUUCAAAGAUGUGGUUUGAGUGGAAUGAGAACUGUGGACAUAGCGAAUUUGAAAUGAAGACUUGUGAUGUGAAGGAUUGUGGUGAUCCAUUCUUGGAAAGUCUGUCAUUGCAGGAAGAUAUAAAGCUUUUGUCUCAAAGGUUAGAGUUUUCAUGCUGAUUUCAUUGUUUCUUAGGUAGACAUUAUUAGGCAAUCUGCCCUUAAAAAGUUUGUUCGCAUUUUCAGGUAAGUCAAAAUCAUCAAAAUUUAGUACAAGUUGUGCUUGUUGAUAAAUAUGUAUAUUAGUGCUUCGAUCACAACACUAUCAGUAUGAUGAAGGUACAAUGAAGAAACUUCUCCUCGGCAUUGUAUUGCCCAUGUCCAUUGUGUUGAAAUGUUGAAAAUAUUUUGGUCAUCAUCCAGAAAAGUUACUAGGAGGGAGCACCAAAAAUAAGUAAAACAGAAACUUACUAGUAGUGGAAAGUAAUUUUAUUGCGUUAAUGCUUGCUUCUUCAUGAAUUCCAUGUAUUUAUUUGAUAGGACCUGCCUUUUGAAGUAUUAAUGAGCUAAGGACAACAAAAAUUUACAGCAUUCCCAAAUUAAGCUACCA